AUGUGUCAGGGACAUAUGCACGAGUUCCUCCAGGCUCUGCCCAAGUGCGAGCACCAUAUGCAUCUCGAAGGCUCUCUCGAGCCGUCGCUCCUCUUCGACCUGGCGGCGCGGAACAACAUCUCUCUACCUUCCGUGGAGGAAGACCCGUCGUUCGAAUCCAUCGACACCCUCCUAGCCCGGUACCGGCGAUUCACCUCGCUCGACGACUUCCUGCACUACUACUUCAUCGGCAUGUCCGUGCUCAUCACGUCGGGAGACUUCGAGGCCCUGGCGUACGAGUACUUCCGGCGCGCGCACGGGGACGGCGUGGUUCACGCCGAGGUGUUUUUCGAUCCGCAGGCGCAUACCGUCAGGGGUGUCCGCUACGGGGAUAUCGUGGACGGGUUCACCGCCGCGCAGAAGCGGGCCAAGGCGGAUUGGGGGAUCACGUCGGAACUCAUCGUGUGUGUCCUGCGGCAUUUGCCCGUCGAGGACGGCGCGAGGAUGUACCGCGACGCGAUCCCGAACCUCGAGUCCGGCGUGAUUAAAGGUUUGGGGUUGUCGUCGACGGAAAAGGGGAACCCGCCGCACCUGUACCGGGACAUCUACGCCGACGCACUCACCCGCGGGUUCAACCGCACCGCCCACGCGGGCGAGGAGGCCGGGGUCGACUACAUGGCGUCGGCGGUGCACGACCUGAACGUGACGCGGGUCGACCACGGGAUCAAGCUCACCGAAGACGAGAAUGUGAUGCGUCUGUUCGCGGACCGCAACAUCAUGGUCACCAUGUGUCCGCUCAGCAACGUCGAGCUGCGCUGCGUCUCCCACGUGCGCGACCUGCCCAUCCGCACGUACCUGGACAACGGCGUCAGGUUCAGCAUCAACAGCGACGACCCGGCGUACUUUGGCGGGUAUAUCCUCGACAACCACUGCGCCGUCCAGGACGCGUUUGGGUUGGACAAGAAGGACUGGGAGAAGAUCGUCGGCCACGCUAUUGAGGGCAGCUGGUGCAGCGAUGAGAGGAAGGGGGAGCUCAGGAAACAUCUCGCCGAGGUCAUGGUGAGGUUUCAGGACUAG